GCGCCGAGCUGGGUGGGCCGUGCGCCUGUAUCAUGUGAUAUGCCUGCCGUUUAUUUUCUUGUUCGAUUCAUUUCUUUUUCAUUCCGCAUCCCAUUCCUUACCCACCUACCCAAUCACACACACACACACACCACUGCCAACAUGUCGGAACAAAAGUCGCUGAACGAGCUGCUCAAGUGGUCCAUUAUUAAUCAGGCUACUGAGAAAGAGGACGCCUCUCCCUCUGGAGCCUCCGCAAAAGUCGUCCAGAAAAUGGACCCGGGUCUCAUUGAUGCUAUUCUCGGAAAGAGCGAGUCGCAAUUGAUGCUCGACGCAUUGACGGUCAUCAAGAGCCCAAAGGCAACCACAGACGAAAAGGAACUGGCAUGGGAGGAUUUUGAGAUGUUGAUCCAGCACAUCGAUAAUGCUUCCAAUAUAGAGAACAUGAAGAUGUGGCCACCAAUUCUCGAAGAGCUGAAGAACAGCAACCCCAAGUUCAGAGAGCAGGCUCUGUGGGUUUGUGGAACCGCCACGCAGAACAACCUCAAGGCGCAGGCUGCUUUCUUGAGGGAAAAGGGCCUUCCGGCUGUGAUGGAAUUGCUGUCGGACCCAGAGACCUACGUUCGUGCCAAGGCGAUCUAUGCUUUGUCUGGAGCUAUCAAACACUAUGAGCCCGCAUUGGAGGAGUUCAAGAACGCGGAUGGUCUUAAGACUCUGGUUAACAUUGUGAAGACCGAGACUGACCUCUCGUUGCUUCGUAAAACCCUCUUCUUGCUCAGCACUCUUCUCACUCUGCACCCUUCCGUCUGCUCGCAGUUGGCUGAUCUGGGGUUCGUCCACACGUUGGAUACCAUUCUGACCCAGCACAUGGAUAACGAGGACUUGGUCGAAAAGUCAUUGGUGAGCUUGAAGACGUUCCUGGAUGUUACCCCGAGCCCUGUUCAUCCAGCAACACUCGCAUCUCUUCAUCCCAGGAUUUUGGAGGCUAAAGAGAAGUACUCACAGCACAUUUUGGACUCAGAGGCAUGGGCAGAUCUCGAGAAGAAGACAGCAUAGAGGAUCCCAACAACCACCACAACACAUGCAUUUAAUAAAAAUAGUAUUCGGU